AUGUCCUCCCUGCGCAACGCGGACCCCGCGCUCAGGGCAUACUUCAAGCGCCACAGGCUCCUCGAUGUCUACGAGACUCUGCUAUGUGGUGUAUUUAUUAUGUGUCCAGAGGAUCCACUUAAGUUUUUAGAAGAAAAGAUCAGAGAAAUUAUGGAGAAGGGACUAGAUGGUAUUUUAUGGGAUACAUGUAUUGAUUCAUCCUUGAGGCCAAAAUUAAAGAGGAUUUCAGAAACUUAUUUGCACAUCCUUUUUGGACUAAAUGAUGAACAGCUGAUGACUGAAGAGUUAUGUGGCAAAGCAUGGAACUUUUACAGCAAAAACUUAAAGAAACUGUACUUUCAUGGAUGGAUACAGUAUUGUCUGUUGCAAAAAAAUAGUAGAGCACUUGUAAAGCAGAAGAUGGCUGUUGCAGCAGACCAUUAUGACACCAGAAUAACCCGAGUAGUAGUACAGAAGUGGAGAGCUUGGGUACAGUUUCGCAAGGAACAAAUAGCAUUGGCAGCAAUGAGGAUACAAAAGAUCUUUAAUGACAGUUUGCACAAAAUUAUCCUAAGGGCGUGGCAUGCAGAGGCUCAGAGUUCCGCAAAAACAAAAGCAUAUUUUGAGAGUUUGGUAAAGGGAGACCAGGAAGAAUAUUUUGAUAAACAGGAUGAUGUACAAUAUUCUUCUACCUCAGAAAUAGUCAAAGAUGAAAUAUCAAAUAUACCAGAAAGAGCAAUAUUACAGAUCUUCCAUUAUAUCAACUUAAUUGAUCUGGCAAGAUGUGCUCAAGUUAGCCGAUCCUGGAUGUUGCUAACACAGGCUAGUUCAAUAUGGACUGAUAUUGAUUUUUCUUCAGUAAAGCACAAGAUGCAGGACAAAACACUAAUAAAUAUUCUGAAGAAAUGGCGUCCUUAUGUGGUACGUUUGAAUCUUCGUGGUUGUUCUUCUCUUCACUGGCCAAGCUUUAAAAGUAUUAGUGAAUGUAAAAAUUUGCAAGAUUUGAAUGUCUCUGAAUGCCAAGGAUUAAAUGAUGAAUCAAUGAGACUUAUAUCAGAAGGUUGUCCAGCUCUUCUCUAUUUAAAUCUGUCAUACACAGAUAUUACUAAUGGGACACUAAGACUGUUAUCAAGGAGCUUCUCCAAUUUACAAUAUCUGAGUUUAGCUUACUGCAGAAAAUUCACAGACAAAGGUUUACAGUACCUGGGAUCUGGGAAAGGAUGUCACAAGCUCAUCUAUUUAGACCUUUCAGGUUGCAUUCAGAUCUCUGUUGAUGGCUUCAGAUAUAUUGCUAACAGCUGCAGUGGGAUUAAGCACUUGGUAAUCAAUGAUAUGCCAACUCUUACAGACAAAUGUAUUCAAGCUUUAGUUGAAAAAUGCCAACAGAUUAUGUCUGUUGUUUUUCUGGACUCUCCACAUCUUUCUGAUGUAGCUUUUAAAGCCCUUGCUGAAUGUAAACUUGUCAAGGUCAGAAUUGAAGGAAAUAAUCGGAUUACUGAUCUAAGUUUCAAGUUGAUGAGCAAAUCUUGCCCACAAAUCAAGCACAUUUAUAUGGCUGAUUGCCAGAAGAUUACAGAUGUCAGUCUUAAGACAAUUUCUCCGUUGAAGUAUAUUCUUGUAUUGAAUUUAGCAGAUUGUGUAAGAAUCAGUGAUGCAGGUUUACGAUCAUUUUUAGAAGGAUCUUCAGGGACAAAGCUAAGAGAACUGAACUUGACUAACUGUAUCCAUGUCACUGAUGCCUCCCUCAUGAAAAUAGCCCAAAGGUGCCAUAAUCUGGCCUACCUGAAUAUGCGUUACUGUGAAAGCGUGACUGAUGCUGGGAUUGAGGCACUGGGAAACAUGACCUCAUUGAUAUCUAUUGAUAUUUCUGGAACCACUGUCUCAGAUAUGAGCUUGGCAGCUCUGGGCCACACUAGAAGAAUGAAGGAACUUUCUGUAUCUGAAUGUAGGAAGAUCACUGAUAUGGGAAUUCAGAAGUUCUGCCAGGGUGCAAAAGAUCUAGAAUACUGUGAUGUCUCUUACUGCUUUCAGCUGACAAAUGAAACUGUCAAAGCUUUGGCAUUUAACUGCCACCAACUUACAUCCCUCAACAUAGCUGGUUGCCACAAGAUGACGGAUUUGUGUGUUCAGUAUUUGUCUGGAGUCUGCCAUUAUCUCCACUUCUUGGAUAUCUCAGGCUGUGUACAUCUUACUGACAAAACACUAAAGUACCUUUGGAAAGGUUGUACGCAACUCCGGAUUCUUAAGAUGCUGUACUGCAGAAAUAUUACCAAACAAGCUGUUUUGAAAUAUUCAGCCAAGCUAGAGAAGCAGGAAUAUAAUGAUGCCGACCCUCCUGCAUGGCUUGGGUAUGAUAGCGGUGGAGGUGUACUCCCCCUCAACAAGAAACCCAAAACAGGACCUGAAAAAGCUAAAGCCUUGUCCCAGAAUGAAAACAAAGAAGCUGCAUAA